AUGAGUGCUGGUGUGCUCCCUGCAAGGAGGCAGAGAGCACCCAGCAGCACCCCAGCAGGGAUGAACCUGACCCCCACAGCAGCCCAGCAGCCCAUGGCCAUCUCCUCCAGGCGCCGUCCAUCCUUCCUCAUCCAAGACAUCCUCUGGGAUGGGGCAGAGCGGGGAGCGUGGCCGGAGCGAGGCAAGAGCAGAGGGUUUGGCAGCCCGGAGGACGGGGAGCCAGGGGCAGCCACGGCAGAGGGGAGAGAGGCCGGUUCAGCCCUGGGGGCUGCCCCAGGGAGCCCUCGUUCCCCAGCAGCACCCCAAGCCCGAGGGACACCCCACGAGCCGGACGCAGAUGCCACGUACCUGUCAGACUGUGCCCCCCCGCUGCAGCCCCUGCCCAUCGCCCCGUGCCCCCCCCGGCAGCCCAGGCGCUCACGGGCAGCGUUCUCCCACACCCAAGUCAUCGAACUGGAACGCAAAUUCAGCCACCAAAAAUACCUGUCGGCCCCCGAGCGAGCCCACCUGGCCAAAAACCUGCAGCUCACCGAGACCCAGGUGAAAAUCUGGUUCCAGAACAGGAGGUAUAAAACCAAAAGGAAACAAAUCGGCUCGGAAAGCAGCAAACUGGACACGCGGCUGGCGGGGCAGAAAGCGGCCGCGCUGCCCGGAGCAUCCCUGCUCGCGCUGCAGGGUGGCUGGCAGUACCUGCCUUGCCUCUACUACGUGAACGGCUGGAGUCCCUCCUGGUGGUAACCGCUUUUUUUUUUUAGGUAGAAAACAUCCUUUUCUCUUCAUUU